GCUGCUUAUUAAGAGGAAUACCGAGGAACGCGACGAAGAUAAUUGUAAUCUUGACGUUGCCCACGACGGUCUUGCUGCUGUAGUCUGCUCCCUGUGGUGCCGGUCAGCGAUGGACGUUCUACGAUUGCAGUCAUUCCUGAUCACUUUGACCGCGUACUUUUUCGCGGUCGACGCAGGCUUUGUGCAAACACCCAAGGAAAACAUUACGGCUGCGCACGCAUUAAGAAAACAUCUGUUCAAGAACUAUGACCGCGUGGUGGUUCCUGCCACGAGUAAAAAACUUGUUCAGAUAAAAAUGAUAACCAUUUUCAACAGCGUGGAAUUGAGUUACGACACGUCACAAAUGACAUUUCACACCUGGAUGAAUGUGGAGUGGAACGACGACCGUUUGACGUGGAACCCGGAUGAUUACGAUCAGAUCGGAAACAUAAUGGUCGAACCCCACGAGAUAUGGUACCCGGACUUCAGGGCCUACAACAACCUCGGAGUGGACGUGGAACGCGGCAACACGCACGCUAUGAUCAACAGCACCGGUCAUGUAUUGUGGGUGCCACCGAUCCGGUACCGGGUGCACUGCAAGAUGGACAUGGCCCGGUGGCCGUACGACGUGCACACCGGUUAUCUGAAAGUCGGGUCUUGGGUGUACAACAGCAAAGUGAUAAAUAUGACCGGAACGGCUCCGUUGCACGAGAUCAUGGCCGUCAGCCCGUACCCGGAAUGGCAAAUAUUGCGCAUUUCCAGCGAGAAGUUCACACGGAUCUAUCCGUGUUGCCCGGACGAUCCGUACGAGCACGUCGAGUACAACGUCACCAUUGGACGAGAGAUCCGUGAACACGGCACCGCCACCUUCGCCCUCAUCAUCCUACCAGUGUUGUCUACGGCUCUGUUGAAUUUGCUAGUGUUCUGCAUCCCACCGGAUGACAAGUCAAAACUGAUUACCAGUCUGUUCAACGGGUUAAUCGUUGUCUCCAUUCUACUAGUCAUUUACUCCAAAAUACCAUUAAUACUGUCCAGCGUCCCGUUUAUUGUUUUAUACUACGCCUACAGUUUGGGGCUUACAGUUCUGGCGGCAGUAAUAUCAGUGGCAUUGAACAACUUGACCACAACACCCAAACCCCUCCCAAAACCGAUAAACGUUUUUGUCCAGUCGAGAUUUGUAGAGAUGUUACAAAUGGAAAUCAAAGGAUCAACACAUGACGAUCAAACGGAUUCAAAAACGGUGGAAUUUAACAGGAGACGAAUAUUUGCUAAUGUAAUAGAUAAAAUAUGUUUUGCCCUAUUUUCGUGCAUUUAUAUAUUUCUGAUAUUCCGCUUUAUAUUUUAAGCAAUAAAAACACAUUUAUUUAAUCAUGUCACUAAAUCGUAGUUCAAAUCACUAGUUCAAACAUUAUUUCAAGUACCGAAGUUUUUAUUUACCAACACAUUUUAAAAAUAGUUUCCAACCCAUGGUCUUGGAAUUUUAAUCAUUUAUAUUGUAUUCAUGAUAAUAAGUUAAGUAAAUCUAAAUCCGAUGGCCAUAUUAUAAGAAUAAUUCAUUUUA